AUGUCCCAGCAAGGAGAUGCCUCUCAGUAUGGCGGGGUUAUGGUUGAAUUUGAGUCAGGCGACAUCAGGGAUCCAAGCGCUAUAAAAGCACCAAGCAUACCAGGUUCAGCUCUUAUCUACCUCAAGGGUCCCAAGUUUCUCAUCUAUGUCAGUGGAGCGUUGUCCAUGUGGGGUGACCGUAUGUGGCAUUUUGCAAUUUCUGUGUUCCUGAUUGAGUUGUACGGCCACAACCUGCUGCUGACAGCCGUGUUUGGACUGGUGGUGGCUGGCUCUGUGCUCUUGCUUGGGGCUUUAAUCGGAGACUGGGUUGAUCGCAAUCCAAGGAAUAAAGUUGCACAUGCAUCUCUUUUCAUUCAGAACAUCUCAGUGACUGUAUGUAGCAUUGUGCUCAUGUUGGUGUUCUCAUAUAAGCAAAGAAUUGAAGAGAUCUGGGAUGGAUGGCUCACUGUGGUUUGUUAUACGGUGGUGAUCAUCCUGGCAGAUGUGGCAAACCUUGCAAGCACAGCGCUGACCAUUGCCAUUCAGAGGGACUGGAUAGUUGUUAUUACAGGCUACAAUCGAGGUCACCUGGCUGGAAUGAAUGCAACCAUGAGGCGGAUAGAUCAGGUGACCAACAUCCUGGCCCCACUAGCAGUGGGCCAGGUCAUGACCCUGGCCUCCAAUGUGGUUGGCUGUGCCUUCAUCCUGGCAUGGAACCUGGUGUCUCUUAUUGUGGAGUUCUUCUUCCUGUCAAGAGUGUAUCGAAUAGUCCCUGCUCUUUCAGUCAAACCCCCAACAGUUGAGACUGAUCAGGUGUUUCGAGACAGGAGAGAAAGAAGAAGGUUAGAAGGCAAUGUUGCACAACCGCAACCCCUGAAUGAGGGCAACUGCAGCUCACAUGUGCAUCUUAAGGAAAUCACCAACUUGCCAUUGUGUUUCCGGAGGUUUCGCCGGCUGGUGAGCACUUGUAAAGAUGGCUGGAGGGCCUAUUAUCAUCAGCCUGUCUUUCUGGCAGGAAUGGGCCUAGCGUUUCUCUACACUACAGUCCUGGGGUUUGACUGCAUCACCACUGGCUACGCCUACACACAAGGCAUAAGUGGAUCCCUUCUAAGUCUAUUGAUGGGUGUGUCAGCUAUCACAGGGUUGAUGGGCACCAUAAUGUUCACCAGACUCAGGAAGACUUGUGGCCUGAUCAAUACAGGCAUCAUCUCCAGCUGCCUCCACCUUGGCUGCUUGUUGCUAUGUGUAUGCUCUGUGUUUGCUCCUGGCAGCCCCAUGGAUCUGAGCUUGCUAAUGCCCUACUUUAGCUCCAGUUCCUCAGCUGAGCGUGGAGGUAUGGCAAGCCAAAGGCAAAAACACCCUUAUUCUCUGAUGGGAGGAAGCAACCAGCCACUGCUUCCUGAUCGCUCCUCCAUCCACUGGACCAACAACACUGUGCUUUUUGACAACGUGCCUUCUGGAACAACACCAGAUUCUUACAUCUCCAUAAUUCUGUUAUUCCUGGGCGUUAUCACAGCACGCAUUGGUCUGUGGUCCUUUGACCUGACUGUCACCCAGCUACUGCAGGAGACCAUCUGUGAGUCAGAGCGAGGAGUAGUAAAUGGAGUGCAGAGCUCCAUGAAUUACCUAAUGGACCUGCUUCACUUCAUCAUGGUGAUCUCUGCUCCACAACCAGAACACUUUGGCAUUCUUGUUAUUAUUUCUGUAUUAUUCAUCACUUCUGGGCACAGUAUGUAUUUUUUUUAUGCGCACAGAGCCAAGAGAAAAGACCGUCUUGGCACAUAA